UUGCAGUUCAGUCAACAACAUCAGAUUCAGAGGACAAUAUGCCAAGUAGUGAUGAUUCCUUCACUGAGUCUUUAACUGAUGUGCCAGAGCUUUCUUUGGAUGAUGGAGUUGAGACGUUGAUAAAGGCACAGGAUUCUUCUACGAAAGACACUUAUGAGAAUGAAGCACAAAAGAUGUUUUUGGGAAUAUUUGAUGUCCAUAUUGAAAAUCUCAUCCCACCUUCGCCAAAAAGAGCAUCAAGACUGCUGGACCUUGAACACGUGAAGUUUUUAAUGGACUCUUUUCAAAGUGGAGUUUUUCAACAACUUACAAUACUGGUGGGAAUGGUCCCUGACGAUUGUGACCCGUCGAAAUUAAAGAUGAAAGGUGCCGGACAGGUUGAGACCCUUGGAGGGAAUCACACAAGGGAAGCCCUUCAGGGUCUUCUAAGGCGUGGUCUCGCAACUAUAACCACAGUCAAAAUGAAUAUUUAUUCAGCCCUGUCAACAUGCACAGCCUUGACGGUGGGUUGGCAGCACAAUGUUUGCUUGCAGGAGAAGCAAAAGCCUCUAAGCUUCAUUGACAAGGUGAGGCUUAUGAGACAAGUUCGCCCAUCAAUGCACAUGUCACCAACGGAUAUGAAGGCUUGGAAAGAAACUCUGUCUUCCAUCUUUCAUGUGAAGGACAUCAGAAGAUUCCAGAAUUCGUAUGGACUGCAUAUGAAGAUGGCUCGGCUUGAACAGAGAGUUUGGGCCAUUGUGGAGGAAGUUUCGGGUGAUUCAGUGAAGAUCACUGAAAAAUUCUUCAGACCACUCUUGAAAAUUCAAUCAACCGAGGAUAUUGAGUCGUGUCUGAACAUUCUGCGAAGCAAAGGAUUAGCUGAAUAUAACAACAAAAUAAAGGAAUUUUUGGGAUCCAGACCACUUACAAAAAAAAGAAAGCAAACUGACCUGGAAGAUGAUGCCAAUGAGGAAUGUUCAAACACUUCUGAGGGACUCCUUGUAAGUUAAUUAAUUUCCUUUUUUGUGUAACAGAAACAUGAGCAAUUAAAUAAAUAAAUAAUGCAAGUAUUAAGAAAGGCCUUGUGUUUGAUUGGAAAUCAGGUAAAUGAUGUUAAAAUGAAAAAGUAUUUGAUCUUUUAAAUAGCCUGAAAAAGCAUUUUGAGAACAUUACCUGUGAAAUUGGGAAGUUGUGCUUCAGUUUUCCUUGU